GUUUCUGUGAGACAGAAGGUCAAUAAGGGUGGUAGGUGUCAGACUAACUCUUGUGAGAAGUGGCACUUCACAUUAUCAGGAAGACAUAUGAUUACUUAUCUGUUACGAAAGGAAGUUAACAAUAAUACGAAAAGGAAUUACCCCAGCGUGUUUAGUCUAAAGAACCAUUUACAUUUAAACAUCAGCAAGAAAGGACAAACGCAAGAUUGUGCCAGAAGAAAAUAUGUUCUAAUUCAGCGGUCAUCGAUUUCCAAUAAACACACCACCGGCUGGUGGUAGACAGAAUCUGCCCCAACCAUGUAUCUGCUUCUUCUUAUUGCCGUCAUCAUCCCGGUUACAUAUGGACAACCUAAGCUUUUUGGCCUUUCUCCAAACACUGGGGGUGUCAAUGGUGCAACCAGAGUUACACUAAGAGGACAGGGAUUCGCCGAAGCCAACCAGUUCAAUUACGGUGAUGGAAAUACCAAACUUGGAAACAUUGUUCAAUUUGUGUCAACCACACUAUCCAUUCCUUGUGAUGUGGAAAAAGAUGCCAGUCAUUCUACCCUGAUAACUUGCUACACCAGGCCUAUGCCAGAGGGAAGAUAUGCUCUGAAGGUGUCCGUAGACGGAGUUGCAGUGACAGACAAAAAUCUAUGCUGGGGCUGGGGCUGCUUUUUCUAUGCAUAUCUCUACUAUACCCCAAGGAUAUAUAGCAUGACACCACAAUCUGGACCACCAGGUACCUUGAUAACAAUCAGAGGAACAAUCAUAACUGAUGUUUAUGGUAGUAAUACAGCCCUGAGCAGCAAUGGGAGAAAUGCCCGCAUUUUAAGAGUAUUCAAUGGAGGAAUGCCAUGUCAGUUGCUAAAACCAAAUUCGGAUACACUGUAUGGAUUGUCACUUGAUAGCACUUCAACUGAUUUCGGCACAAUGAUUUGCCUAGCUACUGGGACGUAUGUUGGGCAACAAAAUAUCAGCUUCAUUGUAGACAGUAACUUUGGAAGGAGUUUACCUCUCAUUUCCAAUUAUUUUGUGUCUUCCAACAACAAGAUUACAAUGUUCCAAACAUAUGCAGAAAUUUCCGGAAUAUAUCCAUCCAGUGGAAGUAUACAAGGUGGAACCAUAGUGACAAUCACUGGGAAUUAUUUUGAUCAAACGGAUUCUCCUGCCAAAGUUCUUGUAGGAGGACAGGAUUGCCUUGUUAUUAGCUUAACAGACACUCAAAUAACAUGCAAAACCCCAAGAAAACCAACAAAUCUCCCAGCUCUUUUUCCUGGAAGCAGAGGACUGAAGAUGGAGCGAUGGAACAACACCUACUCGCUGAACCAAGCAUUGACCUUUAAUGAAAAUACUACCGGCUACGCAGGAAAAAGUUGGUUGGAUGGGGCAUAUAAAACUUGGGUUUCUGACUCGGCUUUUACUGUUCGACUUAGUGGCUUUCUAGUGCCUUCAGAGACAGAUUAUUACCGUUUGUACAUCAAAGGAGAUGAUAUAUAUUCUCUGUACUUUAAUAUCACUGGAAAUCCAGAAGACAAGGUAAAGGUUGCUUAUGGCUCUUACUCACCUUCGUCUUAUUACAAUUACAAUACUCAGAGGUCAGAUGAGUUCUAUCUUCUGGAAGGAAAACCAUAUUAUAUUGAAGCAUACCUUGCAAACUAUGGCGGGCAAGCACAACUUAGUGUAGGUUUGUACAAAAGAGGCAGCUCCUACCUUGAAGAGCAGACCACAGAUGCUAUUAAAGAAACACAAAGCAUUCAGACUACAACUACUGUAGCAAGCGAAACACAGAUUAUAUCUAUAAAAAACUGGGAGACUUCAACUCCAGUGCAGGAGGUGCAAAAUAUCACAGUUACAAAGCAGUGUGUGUCGUCUUGUUCUGAUCUCUACUACCAAUUAAUCUAUGACCAAGAGAAAACAGAUUUUUUGUCAGCUGAUGCUACAAGUGAAGAAGUUAUGUCUGUGUUAAAUAAACUGUGGUCUCUGAAACCGGAUACAGUGACUGUAACUGCAGAAAGUUUUGAUCAAGGAACUGUCUACACUGUAACAUUCAUUUCACAAAGAGGUGACUUCCAGCUGCUUUCGUACGAAAUCCUUGAAGGAAGCAACAUGACAGUGGAUGUUAUUGAGAUCAUUAAAGGCACACCAGACACGCAUACUUUCACAUUGGUGUGGGAUGGAGUUUACUCUGCACCUGUGUCAGCAAACGCUUCUGCUCAGGAGGUGAAGAAUGCUGUCCUGGGUAUGGUUAGUGCUUUGUGUCCAGAUUCCAUUAAUAAUAGAACAGAAAGUAUGUCAGUCAAAUUCUUCAGGAAUUACGAAGCAGAUUUUAGCCCGGUAAAUAAUAAUAGAGGAACCUUGACAACCCAGACAAAACCUUUUUGUGGUCGAUACUCUUUGAUGAAUCCAUAUACCCUGUAUGAUUCCACAGAUCUUAAACCAUCUCAAGUAACAUAUGGGUCUAUUUCACUGACUUUACACAGCCAGCUAUGUUUUGCAUAUAAAGGAUAUUUGCAGAACCAGCUUACCCUGAAUUUUCAAUAUGAUGGAACAGCUGGCACCGUCAAUGUGAAUCAAGCUUUUACCUACAACUUUAAUCAAGGAGACAGUUGGACAUAUACAUGCAUUGACAUGCUAAGCCUUGUGAAACCCCUCUAUCAGGGCAAAAACUUCAAAGUUAAUACCAUUAGUUUGCAGCCAUCCAACUUAUACAUUGACGAUCUUUACAUUGGACAGAUUGCAACAACUACCAAUUUUGAUGUUGCUCGGAGGCUUCCAGCUUUAAUGGACAAAGGAAUACUAGUUAGUGAUGUAACUGUAAAUCAGCUGUCAAACAACAUAGCAAAUACAAACUUUGCCAUUACCAUCAACCCUUAUGAUUGUGGUUACAAUUUCCCACUAUUUUCUGUUGGCUUUGCAGAUAAUAUUCAAAACAACACACAAGAUGCUGCAACCUACAGAGCACAAUCAUGGCCUGAAGGUUCAUUAAUCCAAAUCAACCGGACACAAGCUGCAUCACCCCUUGUUGGAGGCACCUUCAGUAUUCAAGCAUAUGGAAAAGAAGUUGAUGGUCUUCGGACUGACAUAUCAGCAUUAGAUUUACAGUAUGCUUUGCAGACCAUUCCAGAACUAGGUCAGAUUUCUGUCUAUGCAAGAUACGGAAGCUGCUUUGGAUACACAUGGUACAUCAGUUACGAAACAGCUGCUGGGUACCAACCUCUUCUGCAGAUAAAUGAUUCAUCUGUUACUGGUCGAAAUGCAAAAAUUUCAGCUGUUAAAAUAACGUCUGGUGGAUUGUUCCGUCAAAACCUGUUUGGAGAUCUUGUGAGAACACCACACAAGAAGUCUCAGGUAGAGGUUCUUAUUAAUGGAGUUCCAUCAAAGUGUGUUGGCGACUGUGGAUACACCUGGGAUCAACAGCAAACUCCAGUGAUUGAUAGCAUUCAUGUUACAUUGGGUUUGAAUGGAGUUAAUCAGGAGCUGAUAAUAAAUGGUAACGGAUUCCUGGGCGACACUACCAAUGAUACAACCUUUGUUAAUAUUGGGGAUUUAAACUGCACCAUUACCAAUGUUACAGAUAAUGAAAUCCAAUGCCAGAUACAAGAUGUCAGCGGUGGUAAAUUCCCAAUCACAGUAUACAUUGCCGGAGCUGGAUUUGCAAUAUCGUCUGGAGUAAAUCUUACAUUCACAAACCCAGUUGUUGUUAAUUCAGUCUCUCCGUCUGUGGGCAGUCUUGCAGGGGGCACAGUGGUAACAAUCCUUGGAAAGGGUUUCGGUAACAGUUCAAAUGUACAGUUUGGGAGCGAUGUCUGUGACAUUAUCUUGGUGACCCUGAACAAAAUGCAGUGCAGGACCCCGGCGGGAUUGGAAGGACCAGUUAAUGUUACUGUUUUUGCCAAUGGAUUGUUUGGAAUCUUACAAAAUGCAUUUGUUUACAACUCAUCAUUCACACCAUCCAUUGCAGAAAUUAACCCCAACACCACAAAUGUUUUUGGUGGCACAACUUUGACAAUUACUGGAUCUGACUUUAGCAGCCAGUCAGACAGAAGUACCGUUACAAUUGGAAACACACUUUGCGAAAUACUUGAGUGGAACCCAACAAAUAUUACAUGUAUUUUACCAUCACUUUCUCCUGGAAUAUACAACAUCCUGAUAUAUGUAGAAAACUGGGGCUUUGCCUCAUCUGGAGCCACAAGCACUGUGUCUAUUGAAUAUAAAUUACAAGUGAACAGCAUAUUUCCACGGUAUGGUUCUCUGUAUGGUGGAACCAAAAUCACACUGACAGGCUCCGGAUUCAACAAUGUUGCCAAUAAUAAUUCAGUGCAAAUAGGUUCAGUUCCAUGUGAUGUGACAUCAAGUUCAGAAAAUGAGCUGACCUGUGUCAUUCAAAGUACUGGAACCAUAUAUAAUGUAACUAACAAUGGAGUACAUUUAGUGUAUGGAAUCGGGUAUGCUUGGUCUCCAUCAAGACUGGAUAUAUCGAUUGGGGAUACAGUUGUGUGGACCUGGAAAGCACCCUCUUUUAUUACGAACAUUGGAUACAGAGUAUUUUCUGUUUCUGAUCCAGCAAAUGUCACUUAUGAUGGGAUCUCCUUUUACAGUGGAGACAACAGCCUAGCUUCUGGUGUCUUCUCAUACCAGUUCACAUCUCCUGGGCUCUAUUACUACAGCAGUGGUUACUUGAAGAGCGAUCAAUCUAUAUUUAUGCAAGGUGUGGUCAAUGUGUCUCCACGUCAGGAUCAGAACAGUGGUGUCUAUUUAUCUGUUGGAGGAAUAGAGGCUAACUAUAACCAAGUUGCUGCUCCAGAUUAUCCAUCGGCAGAUUGCACAUCAGUAAAUUCAGUAUGUUCAGAACUUUCUAAUAGCUCUCCAAAUGACAGCUCUGUUUGGUUUGGAUUUUCAAACUGUUACUCUCCAACUAUAACCAAGAUAAGCCCAUCCUCAGGAACAAUAUAUGACUCGAUAACCAUCAAUGGAACUGGCUUCAGUAACAUUAGCUGUGCCAAUCAGGUUUCACUCGGCAAAUAUCCUUGUAGGAUUUCCUAUGCUGAUGAAGAAUCAAUAACUUGUAAUGUAGAUCCUCAGAACUCUAUGUCAGUUGGAGUUGCUGAGCUCGUUUCAUUGACAGUAAACAACCAUGGAAACGCCAUCAACACUCUUACUAAGGAAUUGGACCGCCGUUUUGCUCUUCUGCCCCAUAUUGACUACAUCACACCCAUUAAUGGAUCAACUACUGGAUACACACGUAUAACCAUACAUGGCUCGGGUUUCACAGAAAAUAGUGCCAACAUUGCUAUAACAGGAACUGCCUGCUCCAUUGUAUCUGUUAAUUACACAGACCUCAUAUGUGACACAAAUCCUAGUUACUCACAUACUGUGGAUAUAAGUGUCACAGUAAAUGGUUUCCUUAGCCAGUGUGUAGGUUCAUGUAGAUUUUCCUACACCAGUGAUGUUACCCCAGUCGUAUCUGAUGUGUUCCCCACGGUUAUCUAUAACACAUCUACUACACUUCAGAUAACUGGAGUUGGCUUUGGUGGAAAUAUUGAUGAUCUCUCAGUUUAUGUAGGAGACGUGAAGUUACAUGUAACGGUUGUUAACGAUACUCGAAUAGAAUGCACGAUCGACCCUCUUCCUGCCGGUUCCUAUCCUUUAAAAGUUAUAGUGUUAAGCAGUGGUUUGGCAUCAGGCAGUUUCAACAUAAACAGCCCUGCAGAGGCAACACUAAUAACAUCAUCUGGAAGUAUUCAAGGUGGCACAGUCCUUGUGAUCAAAGGAAAUGGGUUUAAUUCUAUUAAUGACACUAAAGUAACAAUUGGGGGACUUUCAUGCCCAAUAACCUCAAUUGCCGCUGGUGAAAUUCAUUGCCUAACUCCUGCCGCUGCAUCUGCAGCGACAAAAAAUGUGAAUAUUAUUGUUCAAACAAUUCGUUACACGUCCCUAAGAUUCACAUACUCAGAAACUGAAACACCUACCGUGACAUCGGUCCUUCCACCGACAGGGCCAUCAGGAGCGUUAAUUACAGUUUCUGGAACACGUUUUGGAACAGAUUCCACACAAGUUACCGUAACUGUUGGUGACACUAUCUGCAAUAUAACCAGCAUAAAUGACACCCAGCUCCAAUGUAAUGUUGGGGAUCAUUCUGGGGGAACAUUUGCUGUCAAUCUUCAAAAUACCAAAGGCUUUGCACGGUCAAGCGCAAGUUUUAAAUAUGAACUGACGAUGACAAACGUGUCUCCAAAUUCAGGUAGCUUUGGGGGAGGUUUAAUAAUCACACUUUCUGGAUCUGGUUUUGACCAGCUGGCUUCUAAAGCAUUCAUCUGCAACUCUGAAUGCGUAUUGGAUAGAGUUGCGUCAAAUUCAACUAAUCUUUUCUGCAAAGUUUCACCACUGAAUGAUACUAGCUCUGUGAAUACAUGUGAUGUUCGCGUUACCAAUGGAAACGACGCUGUCCAGUUAAACACUUCAUUUUCUUACUUAUCAUCGUUAACACCUGUGGUAAAUAAUGUCACACCCAAGAGAGGUGGUACAGCAGGAGGGACCCAACUCACCAUUACUGGUUCACAGUUCAGCACCAACAUCUCACUUUUGAGUGUCACUGUAGCUGGAGCUAUAUGUGAUAUCCAGACAGCCAACAGUACAAAUAUUAUUUGUAUUACAAGCGCACAUUCUCCCUCACAGCAAGCUACAGUUAAAGUGCUCAUUGAGGGUCAAGGUUUGGCAAAAACGUCCAAUGCUGACUUCUUCUACAUAGAUGUUUGGUCAUCCAAGUAUACAUGGGGAGGAGAAUCUCCCCCUGAUGAAGGAUCACUGGCUGUUAUCACACAAGGGCAAACAAUUUUGUUAGACCAGAGUACUCCUAUUUUGAAGAUGCUAUUGAUUCAAGGAGGAACUUUGAUAUUUGAUGAAGCUGACAUUGAACUACAAUCAGAAAAUAUCCUUAUUACAAAUGGAGGUGUUCUUCAGGUUGGAACUGAGACAAAUCCAUUUAAACACAAAGCUAUUAUCACACUGCAUGGACAUCUGCGCUCCCCUGAAUUACCCUUGUAUGGGGCAAAAACAUUAGCUGUGAGAGAAGGAAUACUGGAUCUUCAUGGGAUUCCAGUGCCUGUGACUUGGACACGUCUAGCACAAACUGCUGAAGCUGGAUCAUCAACACUCAUUUUACAGAACAGUGUAACAUGGAAUGUUGGAGAUGAAAUUGUAAUAGCAUCAACAGGCAACAGAGUUAGUCAAAAAGAAAAUGAAAAAAGUACAAUUCAAUCCAUAUCUGACGAUGGCAAAACUCUGAACCUAAAAGAGCCAUUGAAGUACAAACACUUGGGGAUAUCAGUCACGCUACCUGACAGCAGUGUAUUUGAAGCAAGAGCUGAAGUUGGUCUUCUAACUAGAAAUAUUGUUGUAAGAGGCUCUACUAAUAUGGAAUGGAGUGAGACAAUCCCAGCCUGCCCAGAUGGAUUUGAUCCUGGUGAAUUUGCAACACAAACGUGUUUCCAGGGGAGGUUUGGAGAAGAAAGCAAUAGUGACCAAUUUGGUGGAUGCAUUAUGUUCCAUGCUCCUACACCAGAUAAUCGUCUGGCCCUUGGAAGAAUAGAAUACGUUGAGAUAUUCCAUGCUGGUCAAGCAUUCAGACUGGGUCGUUAUCCAAUACAUUUUCACUUGAUGGGUGAUCUUCAGUUCAAGUCAUAUGUAAGAGGUUGCGGAAUUCACCAGACAUACAACAGAGCAGUGACUAUCCACAAUACUCACCAUCUUCUUGUUGAACAUAAUGUAAUCUAUGACAUAAUGGGUGGAGCAUUUUUCAUUGAAGACGGGAUUGAGCAUGGCAACGUCCUUCAAUACAAUUUGGCUGUUUUUGUCCGCCAGAGCACCAGCCUGCUAAAUGAUGAUGUCACUCCAGCAGGAUAUUGGGUUACUAAUCCAAAUAACACAAUUAGGCACAAUGCAGCAGCAGGAGGCACUCAUUUUGGUUUCUGGUACAGGAUGCAUGACAACCCAGAUGGACCAUCUUAUGAUUCAAAUAUUUGUCAGCAAAGAGUCCCCCUUGGUGAAUUCUACAAUAACACUGUGCACUCUCAGGGAUGGUUUGGAAUAUGGAUUUUUGAGAAGUACUACCCAAUGUUAGGUGGAUCUUGCUCAGACUCAACACCUAAACCUGCUAUUUUUAAAUCACUAACCACUUGGAAUUGUCAGAAAGGAGCAGAGUGGGUAGAUGGUGGUGCUCUUCAAUUUCAUAACUUUUCAAUGAUUAAUAAUGAAGAUGCGGGAAUUGAAACCAAGAGGGUGCUUUCUGAAAAUGUUGGGGGCUGGGGAGAGUCUUAUGGAGCCGUAAUUAAAAAUACUGUAAUUGUCGGUCAUGUUGAUGAACUUGGGCUUGGCUCCAGUUUUUGCACAGCUAAAGGCAUAGUCCUUCCGUUUGAUGAAGGAUUAACUGUUUCCUCUGUAAAGUUCAUGAAUUUCGAUCGUCCAAACUGUGCUGCUAUUGGAGUAACAUCAAUUACAGGAUUAUGUUCAGAUCGAUGUGGAGGCUGGAGUGCAAAGUUUGGUGGUAUUCAGUAUUUUAAUUCACCUAACAAGGCUGGAUUCAGAUGGGAACACGAAGUUGUGUUAAUUGAUACAGAUAGCACACUUGCAGGUGCAACAGGAUGUAAAGUAGUUCCAAAAAGUAAAUUGCUUGAUCCUUCACAGUGUAGUCAGAGGGAUGAAUGGAGUGUCGGGUUCCCUGGAUAUGUCUGUAAUUCAACAGUCAGUUUCCAUCGUUUAGCCUUCAACAACCCUAGCCCACCUUCUCUCGUUGCAAAAAAUGCCAUCAUUUCCAACUCUUAUGGUGUCAGCAUUGUACCAUAUCUUGCAAAACGGUUGACGCACAAGCCAGGUUGGAUGGCUCUCUUACCUAAUGCAAAUUCAUUCAACUGGUAUUUCAGUGAUGCUGACUUUAUCACUAACAUCUCCUAUACUUCCACUUUCUAUGGAUUUAAGAAUGAAGACUAUGUGUUGAUUUCCCACAACUUCACCCAGAGACCAGACAUGUUUUAUAUUACUGAUAAAAGGAAUAUGUCUCAGAACGAACUAAGCUACAGCAAUAACAUUAAUGGUGACUGGUACUUUAAUGAAAACACAACCACAUUAACAUAUCUGGUAUCUGGGAAACAGAGGCUCCAGAAACGUGCAAUCGCAGGAACGCUGGAUACAUCCAUGAGAAAUACCAAUGUUAACUUGAUCGUUUACCGUUGCUAUUUCAAAGAUUGCAUUGCUCCUCCACCUGCCACGUUUGCGCCCAUUGACCCCACUGCCAAUGCCACUGCCAACAUGGCUGGUUAUGUGCUCUGGUCCAACACAUCUUUCUGGAAUUCAUCUGCCGAAAAUAGUUAUACUGUCCCUACAGACGGAUCCAAUGUUGUGAUCCCUCCAGGCAUAUGGAUUAUAGCUGAUGUGGCUCUGCCUAUGAUGAAUAAACUGACCAUUUAUGGUAUCUUGGAAUUAAGAAACCUCACCAACACUACUGCAGCAGACAGAAGUGUAGUUACUUAUAACAUAACUAUACUUAAGGCUACAUAUAUAUCUAUACAGGGUGGUCAUUUAAUAGCUGGAAAAGAAAAUGAUCCAUUCCUGGGAGAAUUACGUAUUAUCUUAAGAGGAAACCAUUCAACCCCUGACAUGCCAUUACCAGAUGGGCCAAACCAGGGUUCAAAGGUUAUCGGUGUGUUUGGGCAGCUCGAUCUUCAUGGAAUCCCUCGAUCAGUGUAUAAAACCAAACUGGCUCAAACUGCGUCAGCUGGAUCAUCGUACAUUCUGUUAGCAACUGCUGUCGACUGGAAGGUGGGGGAGAACAUUCUCAUAACUACUAGCAGUUACAGUGCCUGGCAGACAGAAAUCAGACGAAUUAUUGCUAUUUCACCAGACAACAUGAACGUCACUUUAAAUGCCUCCCUCAGUUAUACGCACAUUGCUGAAACCUAUCAAGUGCCCAACACAACGACGAAUUACACGCUGGCAGCUGAUGUCGCUUUAUUGAGCAGAAACAUUAAGAUAAUUGGCGAGGAUUACCCUGGAUGGGAACAGGAGUCAUUUGGCGCUCGUGUACUUGUUAGUGUAUUUCAAAUAAACAAUGUUGAUUAUACAGGAAGUGCAAGGAUUGAAAAUGUAGAAUUCUACCACAGUGGGCAGGAGGGCUUUACAGAUGUAACAGACCCUCGGUACUCCAUAGCUUUCCUCAACCUCCAAGAGGUGGACCAAAACACAUCCUAUGUCAGAGGCUGUGCUUUCCACGAUGGAUUUGCACCAGCAAUUGGCAUUUUUACCACAAAUGGUCUGGAUAUUGAUGACAACAUUAUCCAUUUUACAGUUGGAGAAGGAAUCAGAGUAUGGGGUGAACGUGUUAGAGUGAGAAGGAAUCUUGUUGCACUUUCCAUAUUCCCGGGAACAUAUAGAGGGAGACUUGAAACAAAUAAUUUUGCCUGGAAUGCAGGAAUUGAGAUCAAUGAAGGCACUGACAUAGUAUUACAGAAUAAUGUAGUUGCUGGUUUUGAAAGAGCUGGAUAUCGUAUUAAUGGUGAACCUUGCUCAGAUGCACAAAAUCUCAAUGUAGAAUGGCUCAAUAAUGAAGCCCAUGGAGGAUUAUUUGGUGUGUAUAUGAAUGGAGAUGGUCUUCCUGGAUGUUCACUCGUAAGAAGAUUCUUUGUGUGGAAAUGCUGGGAUUAUGGCAUUUACACUCAGACCAUAGACAGCGUGCAGAUCUCUGAAGUGGUCCUUGUUGAUAACGGAAUGGGCAUACUUAAUAUUGUAUACGCUCCACCGUCGGUUUCUCACCAAGCAUCUAAAAAAACUGUUAACAUCUCGAAUGCUUUGCUUGUGGGAAGCAGUCCAAUGUUUAAUUGCUCAGAUGUUCUUGAUGCCAGCAAUGCCAACAUAAAGCUAACUAUGGAACAUCGUAGCACCAGGCCCUUAACAGGUGGGAGGAGUGGUAUCUGCUGGCCCUCAUUUAUCUCUGCUCAAAACGGAGCACCAGAAAAGCCUCAUGCUGGAACCAUGAGCUAUAAUGCAAUUAGCGGUGUAAUGAACGUAAAUGCUACCACGUUUGUGACCUAUAAAAACGUGUGUUCCGGUCAAACCAAUGUGAUGUUCAUGACAAACCCCCUCAAUGAAGACUUACAGCAUCCGAUACAUGUCUCCAGUAUACACAUCAGGGAUAGUUCAGAAGACCAGAAAGUAUUUGUUCACAGGCCAGAUCCAUCGAAAGCAAACCCAUCUGACUGUGUAGAUAUGUCCUGUGAUGCAAAGAGGAAAGCACUUUUAAAAGAUCUGGAUGGAUCUUUCCUUGGAAGAGUAGGCUCUGUGGUUCCACAGUCAGAGUAUCAGUGGAAUGGAUUGACAGCUUAUGGACUGGGUGAUUACCGAAUCCCUAAAGUAAUGCUGACCAGCCUAAAUGGAAGUCGUAUUCCUGUCUCACAAGUGGCACCAUAUAAAGGGGUCAUCAGAGAUUCAACAUGUGUAAAUAUGUCAGCCUGGGAAAGUUACAAGUGCACUGGAUUGAACUAUGAAAUGCUGGUAAUUGAGAGUCUCGAUUCUGACACAGAGACCAGAAGACUUUCACCCGUGGCUGUGCUGGGUGACGGGUAUCUCGACCUUAUUAAUGGUCCCCAGGACCAUGGAUGGUGCUCUGGAUACACGUGUCAAAAGAGAGUUUCAUUGUUCCAUGCCAUAGUGGCAACCAACAAAUCAUUUGAUAUUUUUUUUACUAGCACCAGCCCUCAAAACCUUAGACUAAUGCUUCUAAACUGCGACAGUACCAAGGCUGUCCGUGUUGCUAUUUAUUUCUCAAAUCCUCAGCGUCUGGAUGUGUACGCCAACAAUACAUAUGUAUAUCCAACUAAUGCACAACGCACAGGCUCUGGGACAGAUUUUACUCUGAAUGCACCGACCUAUUCAGGACAAUACCUGCCCCAGCUCACAUCUACUGUUUCAGGAGAAAACUAUUUUGACAGUGAUUAUAAAAUGCUUUACGUCUUAAUUAGAGGAUCAACACCCAUUAUAAUUCGAACAUCUCCAUUGAUUGUCAUUUCCUUCAACCUACCUGCAAUGACAGUGGAUCAGUUCUACGGUGACAACCUUGUUAGAAAUCUUGCUCUUUUCCUGAAGAUCCCAGCCAGCAAAAUUAGAAUUACAAAAAUUAUUCCAGAAGGAAGUCGUAGGAGAAAGAGGGCUACAGGAGGACUCAGUGUGUCAGUGGAAAUUGCAGAUCCACCUUCUCAACAAACCAACAGUACUAGCAGUACAAAUACAACAGGCAACUUGUCAUAUUCAGAUUUCCAAACCAUGAGUAAAACCCUGGCAGCAGCUUCAAUCAAUGGAAGUCUUAGUUCAUACUUGAAUGUUUCUGUGUCUUCGCUGGCUAUCUCUGAUGCCAUACCUCCCCCAGAUGAUCCCAACUGGAAUCAGAUAGCAUCACAGAAUGUAACCAGAACUAAUGCUUCAUCUGGAAGUUUCCUGGCCACUGUAUCUACACUUAAAGUUGUCAUUGAGCCUGUUCCUGGAUUACCAGGCCAAAUCCUUUCCCAGCAGCCUGUCGUGAUGGCUCUAGAUUCCAAUGGACAGUGUGUUGAUGUUGGUAAAAGUUCUAUGUCGCUGACUGCCAAACUGAAAUAUUCCAAUAACACUGAUGUUAGCGGAAGACUACGAGGAAAUACCACCAUUUUGUUUAGCAGUUGCUGGGCAAAUUUCACAGAUCUUGUCCUCAAUCUCACAGGCAAGGGAUAUAUCCUUGAGUUUGUGCUCAACAAUGUCUAUGCACAAACAAGAUCAUUUGGUACAGAUUUGCAAACCACAACCACAACAAAACCAGCCCCAAUUGUGCCAGAUGAUGGAGACUCUGCUUCAGCUAUCCACAGUUCUUUCCACACAUGCAUCGUACUAGUUCUUAGUCUGCUUGUUGUAACAUAUGUAUAUACAUAGUAUGAGCAAUGCAUUAAAUUGUAAGUAUUGUUAUUUCUUCAACCAUCGUUACAUUGAUUAAAGUUUGGUGACAUUGUAUAUAUCUACAGACCUCUUGCACAUAACAUUCAACUGGUUUGGUCCUUCUUAAUCUUUAAAAUGUACCUAAAAUUGUCAGAAAACCUAGGAACUGGUGAACUCC